UUCCCCCCAAACAAUUCCAAAAGUAAUAAUUAAAAAAAAAAAAAAAAACGCUGAGAGAGGUCAGGUUCAGUUCACAAUGUUACAAACAUAAUCCAUCCAUCGAAAAAAGAAGAAAAAAAAAAGGAAUGUGAAGCUAUAAGCUAGUGAUUGAAAAAGAAGAAGAAGAAGAAGAAAAAAGUGAGAGAGAGAAAUGGGUGGAGUAACUUCAUCAAUGGCAGCGAAAUUAGCUUUCUUUCCACCAAAUCCACCAUCAUACAAACUUGUGAAACAAGAAGUAACAGGUUUGUUGCUAAUGGAACCAUUCCCACACCGUGAAAACGUUGAAGUUCUCAAGUUUCCUAAUCGUCGCGGUACUGAGAUCGUAGCUAUGUAUGUUCGUCAUCCCAUGGCUAAAUCAACCGUCCUUUACUCCCAUGGAAAUGCUGCUGAUAUUGGUCAGAUGUAUGAGCUUUUCAUCGAGCUUAGUAUUCACUUGCGUGUCAAUCUCAUUGGAUAUGAUUACUCUGGCUAUGGACAAUCAUCAGGGAAGCCAAGUGAGCAUAACACUUAUGCUGACAUUGAAGCUGUUUAUAAGUAUCUUGAAGAGAACUAUGGUGCUAAGCAGGAAGACAUAAUCCUUUAUGGUCAAUCUGUUGGGAGUGGUCCUACUUUGGAUAUUGCUGCCCGUUUACCCCGACUGAGGGCCGUUGUUCUCCAUAGUCCUAUACUAUCAGGGUUGAGAGUGAUGUACCCUGUGAAAAGGACAUACUGGUUUGACAUUUAUAAGAACAUUGAUAAAAUUCCAUUGGUGAAGUGUCCAGUGCUAGUAAUUCAUGGAACUGCUGAUGAGGUUGUUGAUUGCUCUCAUGGCAAGCAUUUGUGGGAGCUAUGCCAACAGAAAUAUGAACCUUUAUGGCUCAAAGAUGGAAAUCACUGUAAUUUGGAGCUAUAUCCAGAAUACCUUAGACAUCUCAGAAAGUUCGUAUCAACUGUAGAAAAGUCACCAUCCCAUAGACUGAGUUUUAGGAGAAGUGUGGAUAAAGUUGAACAGCCCAGAGCAAGUACUGAUUGCUUUGAACUACCAAGGAAGAGCAUAGAUCACAGAGACAAACCACCAAAAAGUACUGAUAGGACAGAAAAACAAAAAAUUCACGAAUACAAAUUCAACAAUCCUGAAAAAUUAGAGAAGUUAAGGGUUCAAUUUGACCAGCUGGAGAGGUCUAGAAGAAGCGUAGAGUACAACGACAAAUCUAGAAGCAUUGAGUUCCAAGAUAAAUCGAGGAGAAGUGUUGAUGUUCAGUUUGAGAGGCCACGAAAGAGCAUUGAUUGGCUGGAUAGAAUUCGAGCUAGUUGAACCUCUUGAAGCAUCUUUAAUAUUGGUGGUACUGGGUUUGUUAGGUGGGAGGGAAAAGUACAAAGAUACAGACACAGUUACUUACACUGGGCGUUUUAACUUAUGGUUUGCAGAAUGCAUAUGUUGCUAUUGCAGUUUCAUACUUCCAUUGUAUUGUUACAUUUGGAUUUGUUGGGACUUAAUAUUCUUAGUAUUCCAUUAUUAUUAUUAUUAUUCUCAAUUUUCAAUUGAUGUGA